CAAACCAUUACAUUUACAUGUCCAACUCACACACCCUCUCUUCUCUCUUUCAAUUCCUUCCCAGCUCUUCAUUGAAGAAGCUAUGGACUUUCUAAACUUCUUGCUUAACUUGUUGGUCCCUCCAGGCAGUAUGAUCACCUUGGCUUUCUCAUGGCCUGCACUUUGCUUCCUCAAUUUUUGUGAGUGGCUUUAUAAUAGUAUAUAUGGUGAGGAUAUGGAUAAUAAAGUGGUCAUAAUCACCGGGGCAUCUUCAGGCAUUGGAGAGCAAAUUGCAUAUGAGUAUGCUUUGAGGAGAGCAAAUUUAACGUUGGUGGCCCGCAGAGAGCACAGGCUAAGAGGGAUCGCUGAGAAUGCAAAGAGAUUGGGUGCAAGACAUGUGAUGAUUAUGGCAGCAGAUGUUGUGAAGGAAGAUGAUUGUAGGAGAUUUGUUAACGAAACCAUAAAUGUCUUUGGCCGUGUAGAUCAUCUUGUAAAUACAGUGAGUUUGGGACAUACAUUCUGCUUUGAAGAAGCUACAGACACAUCAGUUUUCCCUGUUCUCCUGGAUAUUAAUUUUUGGGGGAAUGUUUAUCCAACAUUUGUGGCUCUUCCUUACCUUCAUCAAAGCAAUGGUCGUAUUAUUAUCAAUGCAUCAGUUGAAAGUUGGUUGCCUAUGCCAAGGAUGAGUUUAUAUGCUGCUGCAAAGGCAGCAUUAGUGAACUUUUAUGAGACACUGAGAUUUGAGUUGAAAGAUGAGGUUGGAAUAACAAUAGCCACACAUGGUUGGAUUGGAAGCGAAAUGACGAGGGGCAAGUUCAUGCUGGAGGAGGGUGCGGAGAUGCAAUGGAAGGAAGAAAGAGAAGUGCACGUGACGGGAGGACCAGUAGAGGAGUUCGCAAGGUUGAUAGUAUCAGGGGCAUGUAGAGGAGAUGCAUAUGUGAAGUUUCCUAGCUGGUAUGAUGUAUUCCUACUAUACAGGGUGUUUGCUCCAAGAGUUCUUAACUGGGCAUUCAGGCUUCUUAUUUCGCCACAAGGGACAAGAAGAGCUUCUUCUUAUGUAGGGACUGGCAAACACAUCGAAGCUGUGGGUAUGGUGAGACCUAUGGCUAUGCUGGAGGGAACCUCACCUACACACAAUGCCAUUGGUCCUCUUACCUUCUCUGGCCAGCUGAUCAGCCAGCACAAGCUCGAUUAAUUCCAACAUCAUAUCCUCCAGAAAAUUAUGAAGCCAUCUACUUUUUCUAUAUACAUAUAUGCCUUUAUCAUUUAUUGCAUUCUUGCUAUCACCAUGCUUCGUGAAACUAUGUCAUGUUGUUGGACUUUGUUGUCAAAAAUGAAAAUAAACUUGUCUUGAUUGCCAAA